GACUUUUGGUUGACUUACAAAAUUUGACAUAUGACAUUUGUGUUGUGAAUUUGUUUAAGAUUUCAUUUUGUAAUUUGUAGUCUGAUUCGGAAAUUUAAUUCGCAUUAUGAUAAGCAACUUCGAUAAGUUGUGUGGAGACUUAGAAAAACAGGAAUUAGAGGCCCCAAACGGAGUAGCAUCUUCCUCCACAUAUGCUCAACUAUUAGCAAUCUAUUUAUAUCAAAAUGAUUUAUGUAAUGCUAAAUAUUUAUGGAAAAGGAUUCCUCAGAGUAUAACGAGUAGCAAUCCUGAAAUUCCAGCUAUUUGGGCUGUAGGGCAGAAGUUAUGGAAAAAAGAUCUCGCCGGAACAUACCAUGCACUGGCUGCAUUCACUUGGACUGAGCCUGUAGCUCAUAUUAUACGAGCUCUUGAAGAAAGAGUUCGUGAACGAGCUUUCAACCUCAUUGGACGUUCAUACAGCACUGUUUCUCUUGAUACCAUAGUGCUCAUGACUGGUCUAAGUAGAGAGGCCGUGUUACAAAUAUGUAGAGAUAAGAAAUGGGAGUUGCAUUCGGAUGGUGUAACUAUAAGCCCUACACCACCAGUCCAACCAUCUCCAUUACAUACCUCAAGUGAAGACCAAUUGUUCAAGCUCACAGAGUUUGUAUCUUUCUUAGAAAAUUAGAGUUACAUGUUAGAUUUAAAAUUUCUUUAACAAUUUCAACUUGUGUUGCCAUUGAUAAAUAAAUACAGCACUCGGAAGCAUAAA